AUAUAUAUAUUCCCUCUGAUAAUAGAUCUUCUUCAAACCAUAUAUUAUUGAAGAUGACGAAGGACUACGUUGAACCGCCGCCUGCUGCGUUGCUCGACAUGGACGAGCUGAAGAAAUGGUCGUUCUACAGAGCCGUCAUCGCGGAGUUCGUGGCCACCAUGCUCUUCCUCUACGUCAGCGUCGCCACCGUUAUCGGCACCAAAGCCACCCCCGACCCCUGCAAGGGCGCUGGCUUGCUCGGCAUUUCUUGGGUCUUCGGCGGCAUGAUUUUCGUCCUCGUCUACUGCACCGCCGGCAUUUCUGGGGGGCAUAUAAACCCGGCGGUGACGUUCGGGCUGUUCCUAGGAAGGAAAGUGUCGUUGAUACGCGCGUUGGCGUACAUGGUGGCGCAGUGCCUGGGAGCGGUGGUUGGCGUGGGACUGGUGAAAGCUUUAACAAAGGCCUUCUUCGACACCGUGGGCGGCGGCGCCAACACCGUCCAGCCUGGCUUCUCAAAGGGCGUGGGCUUAGUCGCAGAGAUCCUCGCCACCUUUUUCCUCGUCUACACCGUCUUCUCCGCCACCGACCCCAAAAGAAACGCCCGUGACUCUCACGUUCCGGUAUUGGCACCACUGCCCAUUGGUUUCGCUGUGUUUGUGGCUCAUGUGGCCACCAUUCCCAUCACCGGCACCGGCAUCAACCCAGCAAGGAGUUUCGGCGCUGCUGUCAUCUACAACAACAAACAUGCCUGGGAUGACCACUGGAUAUUCUGGGUUGGGCCAAUGCUGGGAGCAAUUGGUGCGGCAAUCUAUCAUCAGCUAGUACUCCGAGCCCAGGCUGUUAAAGCUCUUGGUUCAUUCCAAAGCGCCCCUAACGUUUGAUCUGCAAGCCAUGAAUCCAUAUGAUCAUCAUUUGUAUCAUCAAUCAAAUCUUAAUUGUUGUGUGCUACCAUUUUUAGCUGAUCAUCAUCAUUAUAUAUGUAAUGUGUUUUUACAAUGAUAUCUUGUCUAUCAGACUCCUUUUGCUAUUGUAACUUAUUGGUUUUGCUCAGACUGUAAUUCAUAUAUGGAGUUAAUGCAUUUUUCUUGUGAUUAUUGCUUGGA